AUGUCCGACGCUGGUUCCUCGGCCGAAAGGGGAUCCGAGGUCCGUGCCAAUGGACUCUCAGCCGGCCCAGAGUCAGACACUUUGCAAGCUUGCGUGCGCGAUGAUCCAGGAUACCCAUCUCGUCGCUUUCAAACUCGGCUUCUUCCAGCCCUUGGAAGCUUCGCGGAGAGAUCAGCUGCCGUCUCUACGGCCAGCAAAGCUCUGCGGACCGGUCACGCCGUCGCUUUCCCAACAGAGACCGUGUACGGCCUGGGAGCCAACGCUCUCUCUUCAUCCGCCGUUCUCAAAAUCUUUGCAGCCAAGGGCAGACCGGCUGACAAUCCGCUCAUCAUUCACAUCAGUGAUCUCUCCAUGCUUUCCAGCAUCGUUGACCCGAACUGGAGACCUUCUGAAGCUUACGAGGCGCUCUUCAAGCUCUGGCCAGCUCCCAUGACGCUGCUUUGUCCCGCCAGGAAAGAAUUGCCGAGGCAAGUUACUGCUGGUCACUCUACUGUGGGCGUGCGGAUACCGCAGCAUGAGCUGGCCAGGGAGUUGAUUCGAGCUGCUGGAGUACCUCUAGCUGCACCUUCCGCCAACGCCUCAGGAAGGCCGAGUCCUACUUUAGCUGCGCACGUCAUGCACGACCUCGGCGGGCCGCUGGAUGAUGCACGCCUACAAGCAGGCGUAACGGAUGAUCAAAGGGAUGGCAUCUCGGCAGGAACGGAGUCAGUCGGCAGCUCAUCCGUGCGUGAGCCGAGCUCGCCAAGAGGAAGGGUGCCAUUCAUCUUAGAUGGAGGUCCUUGCACUUUGGGUCUGGAAUCAACAGUGAUCGAUGGUAUCACAUCCACAUCUGAAUUGCGCAUCCUUCGGCCUGGUGGACUGAGCGCAGAGAGCAUUCAGCAGUGCCUGAAAAAUGCUGAUCUAUCGGACAAGAUCGAGGUCAGAAUCUACGGCAAAGAGUCUAGCGGGGCGAAAGCGAUGGAAUUUGAGAAGCAGAUGUUGCUCCACCCUACGACGCCUGGAAUGAAGUAUCGACACUAUUCGCCGGAUGCUAGGGUGGUUGUGAUAAGAGCGACAAAGGCAGCAGAGACGCGAAAUCCUGCUUCAACAUCCUCACAUCUUGCAGCGCUGCUCGAAGCUCAGCUGGAGAGGUCAGGCGCUGCACAGGGUGGAGACGAAGCGCAGGUGGACAUAGGCGUGAUGAGCCUCGACUCGAGCCUGCUCAGCACGUCGAUCGAUGCUUUGUGCGUCGCUUCACGCAGUGCGCUCACCGAUUCAUCCUCUGUGCCCGGGGCGCAGCAAAGUCAUCUUCGACAGCCCAUCGCGCUGCGCACGUCCCUCGCGCACUCUCGAUCCGAUGCAGACGCAGGGUCGCUGGCCGAAGGGUCAAGAGGGAGAAGAGUAUUUAUUCAUCGCUUCUCGCUCGGCAGCAUUCAAGAUCCUCACGAAGCGGCCAGCAGGCUGUUCCAAGGGCUUAGGAUGCUAG